AUACAAACAAAAGAAACAAGAACGAGAGCAGAGCAGAACAAACAACAUCAUAAACAGCUUUGAGAGAGCGGCUUUUAUCUUUACUGUGAUAAUUUAGAACAAUAAAACCAAAAUAUUGAACUGUGGGAAAGCAGGCAAUCGAAUUUCGUUUUAAAUGUAUCUUUUACUACACGUUACUUGAAAUGUCACUUCGCGGUUCUUGGAAAGAACUGUUCACUGUGGGGAAAUGGGAAGACUGUGCUCAUGCCAUACAUCAGGAAUUGAAUGGACAUAAGAUUGUUAAUGAUGUUCAGCAGCAUUCUCUUCGAAUCAUUCUUGAAAACAACAAAUUCGUCUGUCACCAGCUGAGCAAAGAUUGGGAUUCCUUUCACAUUGAGGAUAUUUCUCGUAACUGGGCAAAAAGUCAUAGCACCAUAACAGAACUAUUCCACGUUACACAUUGUCAGCAUACAUGUUCUAAGAUACCUCUCAAUGUUCUACUGUGUGUCACUUCGAACGCCAUGUGGUGGAGUAUUAUGAAAAUAGAUCCAUUACAACAACAUUCAUGUAGUAGAGAAACUCUAUUAAUGGCUUCUUCUACCUUGAAAACUGUGUCAAUAACUUACGGAGUGUGGAAUGUAUACCAUCAUUCUCUUGGAUCCGUAGAAAAUGACUUUUUACAGGCAGUAAAGAAUAUCUCUCCAUAUCUGCUCAAGCUAUCCCCGAAAACAUGUUACCUAGCUGUUGAAAUCAUAGUACUGGGACUCUUAAGCUGGUUGAACGAAGAAAGUCUUUUCCACCAACCCUUAGCUGAAUGUCUGAGUAUUUUAGAUGAAAUUAAUAGUAUUUUGCCUCAAAUAAGAGUUCACCUUUCAAAUGAUUCCAUUGAUACAAACUUUGAAAGUGAAGACCUUGUCAAAUUUGGGUGGCUAGACAAUGGAGAAUUUUUAAGCAAAGCAAAUUUAACUGUUAUUACUGAGGCAUGGGUUAUUGUCGAAACCUUGAUUUGUCUAAGAGAAAAGACUGACAAUCCAAAAAAGAGUAACUUAAAAGCUUUGAGCUAUCUGAAGUUAGUUGAUCUAGACAAUAGCAAUUUCUCUGCUCUUAUUCAUUACAUGAAAGCUUUUGCCCACUUCAAUAAUGACAAUUUAGACAGAAGUUUGUGCCACCUACAGCAGACAUCUUUUUCUACAUCAAGUCUUUUUAUGCAGAGUAGAGUGAAUACACUAAAAGGGCAGAUUUACCUCCUUCAGAACAAGCCUACCACAGCUUUGGAGGCAUUACAAACUGUUGACUAUAAACACAAGGAAGUCCAAAUACCUUUAAGUGCAUAUCUUAUUACAAAAGCUUAUGGAAAGCUUGGAAAAGUCAGCCAGCAAUGCAAAGCACUAGCCUUACUAUCUGAGUAUUUGUCAACAGAGUCAUCUGUGCAUCCAAUACUUCUUUCUCCAGUAUCAGGAAUGGAACAUAGAAUACUUCUUGACGUGCAUUCCCAACCAGAAAUAAGUUAUGAUGAAGUUUUGCGUUCUUCUGCAAAAGCACAUCUUUCAAAUAAUCAACCCAAAGAGGCUGCUGAAAAGUUGAUGGAGCUCCUUCACAUUAAUAGUGUCAACUUUGAUUGUGUUGGAGACAAAGCUUCCUUGUGGCAGUUGUCGGAGCUCCUCCAUGAUACUGCCGCUACCCUCCUUGAAGCCCAAUCUGCUUAUGAUGCUCAGCAAGUUUGUGAAGCAGCCGUUCAAUUCUUCUCAAGCCAACCAUUAUCAGAUGAAUCAACUACUCUCGGCAUUGAGUCAAUGAAAGAAGACAUCAUAGCUCUUCUUUUACUUGCCCAUGCAAAAGACACUCAACAUUCCAGUGAUGUUAAUAACAUUUUAAACAGGUGUGCAAAAGUACUUCAAGACUUUGUUGAUAAAACUACGAAAGAUCAGGCUAUCCAAGAAGAAUCAGUACUGCUAUGUCGGGCAUUACUUGCAAGGACGUACUUGCAUAAAGCAAUACUGAAUCUUAAAAAAAAGUUUUCAGAUGAUGCUGUUGCCUGUUUUCAAAGGGCUCUUAGCUGGAAAACUGAUGAUCCUGAAGUUAUUCUUCACUUUAUCCAUGCUCUUUUGGAAAAUAAUAAAUUCGAUGAAUGUUUGGCUUUGUGGGAAAUGUACAAAGAUGCUGAAAGAUCUACCCAAAAUAAAUCAGAGUCUAUUGCUAUAAAUUAUCUCCUUGGAGACCGAAUGGGUAUAGACGAUAGGGAAGAAGUAAUUUGUCGCAUACAAUCUCUUAGCACGAGCUGAGUCCAAACCACAGUCUCAUCUCAAAGCCGGGCAGUAUAAUGUUGUAACCAUAAGUAUUACCUCAAUUAUGAUCAUAAAUUUACCAAUAAACUCAAGACAAGUCAAAUUAA